UUCUGUCUUGCGUGUGUGCGUAAAUUAUAGCGAUCACAUAUAUUGUGAAUUACUAAGGAUGGAUAGCUCCACGCCUUUACGUAAUUUACAACCAUUGGCACCGGAAAUGAUCUGAUAAUAAAGAACCUAAACUGGCUGUAGUUUUUCAAAUUAUCAUAAUUUACCAAUUAUCUGUAUAAUUUAAAGGUUUGGUGAAUUAAUGAACUGAGUAAUCAUUUCGUGGAAUUUCACAGAUCAACUGUAAUUUAUACAAACAGUAAUUUUUGUUUGGUACACAAAAAAUGGAAACUAAUGAUGUUAAAACAUUUCACCAAUGUGUUGUAUGUGAUGAGAUGUUUCAGCAAUAUGAUGAUUUAGAAAAACACAAUAAAAUUCAUGUAAAAGAAGAGAAAACUGAUGAUAUUGCCUUAGAUAGAGAUUACCAAGUUCAUUUUGAAGGAGAAGACACAAACUUGACAAAAUGUUAUAUAUGUAAUUUGUGUGACCAAAAAUUUAAAUCUUAUAAUGAUUUAGAAGAACAUUGUAAAAUACAUGUUAAAGAUGACAAAAAUAAUGAUGAUAUUGAUAGCAAUGAAGAUGCACAAACUGAACCUCAAACAUGUGAAAAACCAUACAAAUGUGAUGAUUGUAAUGAAAUAUUUAAAUCUUACGCUGAUUUAGAGGAACAUUGUAAAACACAUGUUAAAGUUGACAAAACAAACUGUGAUAGUAAUGUACAUGUAGGUUCACAAAUUGAACCUCAAUCAGGAGAUAAACCAUAUAAAUGUGAUGUUUGUGGUAAAUUAUUUAAAUCAUAUCUUAGUCUCCCAACCCACAUGACAAUUCAUACCGGACAAAAACCCUUUAAAUGUGAUCUUUGUGAGAAGACAUUUACAGUAAAACAAGGUCUAGAAAAGCACAUGAGAAUUCAUACUGGAGCAAAGCCUUACAAAUGUGAUGUUUGUGGUAGAUCUUUUGCUCAGAAUAGUAGUCUGCGUGAGCAUAUGAAAACACAUAGUGGGGAGAAGCCUCAUAAGUGCAACAUUUGUGGUAGGUCAUUUACUCUGAAAAGCACCCUAAGAAAGCAUUUGAAAACACAUAGUGGGGAGAAACCUUAUAAAUGUGAUAUUUGUGAUAGAUUAUUUACUCAGAGCUACUCUCUGAAAACACACAUGAAAACACACACUAAAGACAAAUGUUUCAAAUGUUAUGUUUGUAGUAAAUUAUUCAGAUCAAGUUAUGAUCUCAAGACUCACAUGAAAAUUCAUACUGGAGAUAUACCACAUGAAUGUGAUGUUUGUGGUAAAUCAUUUCAUUUAAAACACAAUCUCCAAUCCCACAUGAGAACUCAUACAGGCGAGAAACCUUUUAAAUGUGAUGUUUGUGAUAAAUCAUUUAAUGGAAGACAGACUCUAAUUGAGCACAGUCGAAUCCAUACUGGAGAAAAACCCUAUGAAUGUGGCGAAUGUGGUCAGUCUUUUAUUCGUACUUGUAAUCUAAAAAGACACAUGAGGAUUCACACUGGAGAAAAAUCCCUUGAAUGUGGUUUUUGUGGUAAAACAUUUAGUUCCAAUUCUUAUUUAAAGAUACACAGUAGAAUCCAUACUGGUGAGAAAUGCCACAAGUGUGAUGUUUGUGGUAAAUCAUAUACAGACAGUUCUGCUUUUACCAAACACAAGAAAACUCAUACAGGAGAAAAUGUUUAUAAUUGUGAUUUUUGUAAUAGAUUGUUUCGCCACAGUAAAACUCUUUCUCAACAUAUGCUGAAGCAUGCUACACAACAUACUACAAAAGAUAAACCUUAUAAAUGUGAUGUUUGUGGUAAAUCAUUUAAUUUGGAAAGUAAUCUGAAGGCACACAGCAGAGUUCAUACUGGUGAAAAAGCUUAUAAAUGUGAUGUUUGUAGUGAGUCAUUUAAUAGACACAGUGAAUUAAAGACCCACAUGAUCAGCCAUCCAAAAGAAGUCGUAACAAAAGACAAUAUUUCUUGUGUAUGCAAGUGUGAUAGUUGUGGUGAAUUAUUUACAAACAUAGCUGAUUUUUAUAAUCACAUGAAAAUACAUUGUACUACUUGAGAUACCGGCUGUACAUAUAGUCACCUAAGAUAUACUGGCUGUACAGGAAGUCAACAAAGAUGAGGAAUACACACAAUGGUGUGUGAUGGUGGUGUGAUUAUGUACACUCUGUAAUAAAUAAAUAUGUUGUAUAAUGUAUGUUAUGUUUGCUGAGCCAUACAUUUCAAAUAAAUGCCACUAGUUUGUUACUAGCAUUUCUUCAUGUUGUGACUAGAUUUGAGAGAGGUUAAAAGAACCGAAUAGAGAGCUGAGAAAUAAAAAAAGAGGUGUCAUAGGUACGUGUAUAUUGGCUUAUCAAAUACCACUUUAAUUGGCAAUGGUCACAUUUAAAUGGAACAUUUUUGCAAAAGAUAGUAUGGGAUUAACCCCAUUGUUUAGGGCUUUCUGUAAUAAAUAAAUAUGUUGUAUAAUGUAUGUUAUGUUUAAUUUUUUUGAGCCAUAAAUUCAAAAUAAAUGCCA